AUGCCACCCAGAUUCCUUCGAGGUAGAGGCAAAGGACCCGUGACAGGUCAUGAUCACGAAGCCGGGCCUUCGCACCGGCGAACCCCAUCCAUUACUAUGAGCACCAGCCCGCAAGAGCCCUGGAGACUCUAUGUCGAACCAGGAAGGCGAUCAGUAUCCCUUAGCUCCUCUCCUUCGUACCAACAUUCAUUUGGGCCCAAUUCUGAGAACGAGCCCAAUAACCAGCCUCCAGCUUUCAUACCUCUCCAAAGAUCAAAUUCUCACCAUUCUUUUGGCAGCCCAACACCCGUCUUCCAAAGCCGGUUUAACCCGGCUAACCUUUUGCCUGAACCCAUGGGUUUUAACCCACUCGGACCGGGAGACCACUUUCCAGAGGAGAACGACAUGGAUGAGGAUACUGACCCAGUGGAGCCAGCAUCAGGAACGCCGAACCACCCCAUCGAGAUAUCAGAUGGGUCAUCAUUUCAUGGAUCGCCAUAUCGUGGUCCAGACAGCUACGAAGAAAGGUUCCGAAACAUUGACUGGUACUUCACACCGUCUGAACAUUCGCAUCAUGAGCAGCAACAGGAUCCUUCAGUGGGUCAUCAAUUUGUGGCAGUCACGCCACCGCCGCCACCGCCAGUAGAGCCGCAGCAGCCGCCUCCGGAACCACCAAGGCGAAGAAGGUCUAAUGCACGGAUGUCCGUGCGAGGUGGAGUUCGGAUUGCUACUCCCCAGCCAUCUAGUGGCAGCCAUUAUCCCCCACUCCAGGAGGAAGAAGACCCCUAUGAUGGUGGUCCGUCAAGCCCCAUACCAGAGGUCAACUCAGUACCUGUGGUACCACCUCUGGGUUUCGAUAACCCGAUUCCUGCAUAUGCUGGAUCAGCGGCGUACAACCCAUUUGAGCAGCCGGCACACACCCACUACAACUACAACUACGGUUAUGCAGAGGUAGAUCCAUACCUAGUAGCUCGGGAUUACAAUGCUCUUCAUCCUGAAGGACCAUAUGGAGGGCCAUGGACUACUGGUUACCCGACUUAUGGGUACCAGCAUCAGCCACCUCCUCCGCCGGUGUAUCAGCCGCCUCAGCCACCGAUUCAACAGGAAGUCCUUGAGAGGCUGAGCCAAGUUGAACAAGAAGUUCGUGAAGACCACAAAGAGCAGCAAGGAUUCUUCAAGGGGCUGUCAGAUUUACUUAAGGGGAAGUCGAAGAGGAGGGGUCAUUGA